AUGACUGAACCUCCGUCCUUAGAGGAUAUUUUAGCGAAGAAAAGGAAAGAGGAAGAAGAGCAGGAAAAGCCGAGAUUCCUCUCUAGAGAGGAACGUGCAGCUCUUGCUCUCCAGCGAAGAGUGGAACAGAUAGAAAAAAUGAAAGAAAACCAGCGACGUAUUGAGGAAAGUCGCAGGCAAUUCGAAGCGGAGGCGAAGAAAUAUGAUGGUCGUGAUAGAGAUAGAGACCACGAAAGAAGUCGUGAUCGUAGUAGAGACCGGAGGGAGCGAAGUCGUUCGCGAGAACGUAGAGAGAAACGUGAGAGAAGUCGUAGUAGGGAAAAGGAUAGAGAUCGAGACAGGCGAGCAAGAAGCAAGAGCAAAGAAAGGGAUCGCAGAGAUCGAAGCAGAAGUAAGGAAAGACGGGAGCGGGAUCGGGAUGGUCGGUCUAUUCGUACUGAAAACAAGAUAAAUGACGACACUUUUGAUGCGAAUAAGUUACAAGAGGCUGUGAAGGUGCGCUAUUUGGGUAUGCAGAAAGAAAAGAAAAAACGAGGACGACGGCUGCAUGAGCGCAAAUUUGUAUUCGAUUGGGACGCAUCGGAAGACACAUCACAAGAUUACAAUAAACUAUAUCAGAAGAGACAUGAGGUGCAAUUCUUCGGACGUGGGGCAAUAGCAGGAAUCGAUUUGAACACACAGAAGAAGAAUAACAAUGUUUUCUAUCAGGCUAUUAUGGAGAAAAGGCGGACUGAAGAGGAAAAAUUAAUGGAGAAGGCGAGGUAUAAUGGCCGAUCAUUCAGUCUUCGGUAUCCUAUUGACUUAAAUGCGAAUUUCGCAUUCAGACUUGAGAAGGAAAAAGUAAGAGAACGAAAGUCUGCACACGAUGACCGCCAUUGGAAAAUGAAGCCACUUGAGGAGAUGACCGAACGAGACUGGCGUAUUUUUCGUGAAGACUUUAAUAUUUCGAUUAAGGGUGGUCGUGUACCCAAACCACUGCGUGCUUGGGAAGAAUGCGGUCUUCCUGACGAGGUUUAUCAGGCCAUUCAAAAGGCAAGUUGUGGUGUCGGUUACUCUGAGCCUACUCCAAUUCAAAGGCAGGCAAUACCUAUUGGUCUACAGAAUCGGGAUGUGAUUGGAGUGGCCGAAACAGGUUCUGGUAAAACGGCAGCAUUUUUGAUUCCAUUGUUGGUAUGGAUAACUGGUUUGCCAAAACUUGAACGUCAGGAACAUUAUGAUCAAGGACCAUAUGCUGUCAUUCUUGCCCCGACCAGGGAGCUGGCUCAACAAAUUGAAGAAGAAACUAAUAAAUUUGGUGAGCUGCUGAAGAUACGGACUGUAUCUGUUAUAGGAGGUGCAUCACGUGAAGACCAAGGAAUGAAACUCCGUAUGGGAGUUGAAGUGGUUAUUGCCACACCAGGACGUCUUCUCGAUGUCUUAGAAAACCGAUACCUUCUGCUCAACCAGUGUUCGUACGUCAUUCUUGACGAAGCUGAUCGGAUGCUUGAUAUGGGUUUCGAGCCAGAGGUUCAAAAGGUGUUAAGCUAUCUGCCUGUUUCCAAUCAAAAACCUGAUACUGAUGACAUUGAACAUGAAGAAGCUUUAAUGAACAACUUUGCUACCCGGGAAAAGUAUCGACAGACAGUAAUGUUCACUGCAACCAUGUCACCAGCGAUAGAGCGGUUAGCUCGAGCGUAUUUACGGCGCCCUGCUGUAGUUCAUAUUGGUUCUGCCGGUAGACCUACAGAGAGGGUUGAACAGGUAGCUCUCUUCCACUGUUUCUCGUCAGCUUUUAGUACAAUUGUAUACAUGUUGUCGGAGGAUAAAAAGAAGAAAAAGCUGGUCGAAGUUUUGGAAGAGCAUUUUGAACCACCUAUAAUCAUAUUUGUUAACCAGAAAAAGGGUGCCGAUCUCCUAGCAAAGGGUCUUAGCAAGUUAAACUUUAACCCUGUUGUUCUUCAUGGUGGUAAGGGUCAGGAGACAAGAGAGUAUGCACUACAAGCACUGAAAGACAAAACUAAGGAUAUUCUUGUUGCAACUGAUGUUGCCGGAAGAGGUAUUGAUAUAAAGGAUGUCUCGUUGGUACUCAAUUACGACAUGGCCAAAUCAAUUGAGGACUAUACACAUCGCAUUGGUAGAACAGGUAUUAUUUACGCUCCAUUCCUCUGUUAG